UCUACCUCCGUUUUGCAAGGGGCCGCACAAGCUGGAGAAGUUGUCUUCUUUCCCUCCAGCGCCUCAACGAAGUCGCUCAACGGCCCUGCGAUGAAGGCUUCAUCUACCCCUAACCCCCCAUCUACACGCUUAUUAGAAUUAAAGCCCCUCGCUUUGUCUCGAACUGGCACACCUUCGUGAACAUGGCGGACGAUAAUCCCGAGCUCCAGGCCGCUCUGCAGCAUCUGGAUAGGGAAUUAGAGGAGGGCGAUAUCACGGAGAAAGGUUAUCACAAACGUCGCACCCUUCUUCUCUCGCAAUUCCUGGGGUCAGGCAUGGCCUUGGAUUUCAACGCAGCCGGCUCAGUCGCCCCAUCUACGUCCAUCACUAGCUCUGUGAAACCUCCGCCAGCUAUUCUCAAUGUCCGACCACCAACGGCAGAAUCCGCCACCCAAGGUGUACAUUCCCACUCUUUCCCGGGCGGCUCCGACCAUAGGCAAAGCAACGGAAACCUCGGGCAUGAUCGAAGAAUAGGCGGGGACGCGCCACAGUUGUUUGAUAGGGAUGGCGGUUUGAUGCCGCAGCAUGAUCGAAUGCCUUCUGCAUCCUCGUACGAUUCUCUAUUCCUUCCAAAGGCCCCGCCAGGCCCUCCCGUACAAGAAGACUCCAGGACAGCUACGUUGCUGAGCCAGAACUAUGCAUUCAGCCCUGGCGGGCCCCAGGAUCAUUUCGAUGAAUCGGCUGGUGCAUCCGACGUGGUGCCUGGGGGAGUCUCACGACAGUCAACAAUGCUGGAGUCACAACAAGGCUUCUUUUCCGACUUCGCAGGUCAACAACAUGAUGAUUAUAGGGAUAGCUAUGGUGGUGGCUUCCACCGCUAUUCUCAAUCUGAUGCAUUUUCUCCAACUGCAAACAUGGCCCCGCCAUUGAUUCCUACUUCGGAAUUGCCUCAUGGCCCGGCAGUUGAUCACCUAUUACCAUUAGAGCCCCGCGAUAUCCCAUUCGCAGUAAAUGAUCCUCAUGACAAGAAUACACCUAUGUCGAAUUUUGACAACAUUCCUACCGUUCUUAGACACCGUGCUCGAACCAACGGGAAGCAGCCCGCGUAUUGGGUCCUGGAUCAGAAAGGCAAGGAGAUUGCAUCCAUUACUUGGGAGAAACUUGCGAGUCGUGCAGAGAAAGUUGCGCAGGUAAUUCGUGAUAAGAGUAAUCUCUAUCGUGGAGAUCGAGUGGCUUUGGUCUACCGAGACUGGGAAGUUAUAGAGUUUGCCGUCGCUUUAAUGGGAUGUUUUAUAGCUGGGGUUGUCGCUGUUCCUAUUAACAGCCUUGAGGACUAUCAGAGUUUAAAUCUGGUUCUCACUUCCACUCAGGCCCAUCUCGCACUGACAACGGAGAACAAUCUCAAGAGCUUCCAAAGAGAUAUCACGAUCCAAAGGUUAAACUGGCCUAGAGGGGUAGAAUGGUGGAAAACCAACGAGUUCGGAAGCUACAAUCCGAAGAAGAAGGACGAUACACCGCCACUAGUCGUUCCAGAUCUUGCGUACAUUGAAUUUUCCCGUGCUCCCACGGGAGACUUGCGCGGAGUUGUUAUGAGUCACCGAACGAUUAUGCAUCAGAUGGCUUGCCUUGGUGCUAUGUUUGCCACCAUACCCUCCUCAAGCAACUCAAGGCCAAGGGGGGAAACCAUUAUAACAUACCUUGACCCAAGGCAGGGCAUUGGUAUGAUUUUGGGGGUGCUACUCACUGUAUACGGCGGCCACACCACUGUCUGGCUUGAGGACCGAGCUGUUGAAACUCCUGGUCUUUAUGCUCACAUUAUUACCAAAUAUAGAGCUACCAUCAUGGCUGCCGAUUACCCUGGAUUGAAAAUAACUGCAUACAACUACCAGCAGGACCCAAUGGCUACACGACAUUACAAGAAGAAUUCUGAACCCAACUUCGCGAGUGUUAAACUUUGCCUAAUCGACACUCUUACCGUUGACCCGGAGUUCCACGAGGUACUUGCAGACAGAUGGCUGAGGCCUAUGAGGAAUCCACGAGCCCGGGAAAUUGUUGCACCAAUGCUGUGUUUACCGGAGCACGGAGGCAUGAUAAUCAGCGUUAGAGAUUGGUUAGGCGGCGAGGAGCGGAUGGGUUGUCCCCUGACGCAUGAGAUGGAUCCCAUUGAAACCCAGGAAGAUAAGAAAGAAGAAAAGAAAGAAGAAAAGACCGAGAAUACUGGGUUUGGAAGCAGUCUGUUGGGCGGUGGCUCACUUGCCCCAGCUCCACAGGAACAUGGGAAGAAUGAACUUGGAGAAGUGCUUCUCGAUAAGGAAGCUCUGAAGAGCAACGAAAUUGUGGUUUUGGCCAUGGGUGAAGAUGCGAGAAAAUACGCCGCCACAAUACCAAAUGCUAUUCGUGUUGGGUCGUUCGGCUACCCUAUUCCGGACGCAACUUUGGCAGUUGUUGACCCCGAAACCAAUCUACUUUGCACCUCUAAUGUGGUUGGUGAAAUUUGGAUUGACUCACCCUCGCUCUCCGGCGGAUUUUGGGCGUUACCGAAACAUACAGAAGCAAUUUUCCAUGCAAGGCCCUACAAAUUUGAGGAAGGCAAUCCAACACCUAUUCUUGUUGAGCCCGAGUUCUUGCGAACAGGUCUUCUCGGUUGUGUAAUAGAGGGCAAGGUCUUUGUCCUAGGCCUAUAUGAAGAUCGACUUCGACAGAAGGUAGAGUGGGUCGAGCACGGACAAGAAAUUGUUGAACACCGUUACUUCUUUGUUCAACACAUGGUUGUUAGCAUUCUCAAGAAUAUUCCCAAGAUCCAUGACUGCACAGCCUUUGACGUGUUUGUCAAUGAAGAACACCUUCCAAUCGUUGUAUUAGAAUCAUAUGCAGCAUCCACAGCACCAACAACCUCAGGCGGCCCCCCACGACAACUGGACUCAGCUCUCCUUGAAUCUCUUGCAGAAAGGUGUAUGGAAAUUCUUUACCAGGAGCAUCACCUGCGAGUGUUCUGUGUCCUCCUCACCGCUCCUAACACUCUGCCUCGUGUUAUCAAGAAUGGAAGACAAGAGAUCGGCAAUAUGUUGUGCCGCAAAGACUUCGAUGCAGGGUCCUUGCCAUGUGUCCAUGUCAAGUUCGGUGUUGGGCGAUCAGUCAUGAAUCUUCCCAUCGGUGUUGAUCCUGUCGGAGGCAUCUGGUCCCCCUUGGCCGUCAUGUCUAGACAGGACCUGCUGACUUUACCAGAUAAACAAUAUUCAGGUGUAGACUACCGUGACGUAGUUAUGGAUGAUCGCACAUCUACACCGCUUAACAAUUUCUCCACCAUCGUUGAUCUACUACAAUGGCGUGUCUCGCGCCAAGCAGAGGAGUUGGCUUACUGCACGAUCGAUGGUCGUGGGAAGGAAGGAAAGGGCAUAACCUGGAAGAAGUUUGACUUGAAGGUUGCUGCUGUUGCGAUGUACUUGAAGAACAAAGUCCUAGUUCGACCAGGCGACCAUGUGAUUUUGAUGUACACACAUUCCGAGGAAUAUGUCUACGCCGUUCUUGCCUGCUUCUGCCUAGGAGCAGUUGUCAUCCCACUUGCUCCUAUCGAUCAGAACCGUCUUUCUGAGGAUGCCCCUGCGUUCCUACACGUUGUCAGUGACUUUAAAGUGAAGGCUAUCAUUGUCAACAAUGAUGUGGACCAUGUGAUGCGACAGAAGCUUGUUUCUCAACAUAUCAAGCAGUCUGCACAGGUUCUCCGGAUAGGUGUGCCAGCAAUAUAUAAUACCACAAAACCCUCGAAACAAUCGCACGGAUGCAAAGAACUUGGGUUUACCGUGAAGGAGGCAUGGAUAAAGGCGAGUCACCCAGCCUUGGUUUGGACAUACUGGACACCAGAUCAGCGCCGAAUAUCGGUUCAAAUUGGCCAUGACACCAUCAUGGGCAUGUGCAAGGUGCAGAAGGAAACAUGCCAAAUGACUAGCUCGCGGCCAGUUCUUGGUAGUGUACGAAGUACCUUGGGUCUUGGGUUUCUGCAUACCUGUUUGAUGGGUAUCUACGUUGGGGCACCAACCUAUCUCGUAUCACCUGUUGAUUUUGCUCAAAACCCCAUGACGCUGUUCCUUGCGCUCUCCCGGUAUAAGAUUAAAGACACAUAUGCUACUAGCCAAAUGUUGGACUACGCUAUGAACACAAUAUCCGGGAAGGGAUUCCAGCUCCAGGAAUUAAAGAACCUGAUGAUUUCCGCGGAGGGCCGGCCAAGAGUGGAUAUUUACCAGAAAGUGCGCCUAAACUUUGCUGCCGCCAGCUUGGACCGGACGGCAAUCAACAUUGUCUACUCUCAUGUUCUAAAUCCUAUGGUUGUCACAAGAUCAUAUAUGUGCAUCGAACCCAUUGAGCUGUGGCUGGAGCUUCGGUCCUUACGACGUGGAAUGAUUUGUCCAGUAGAUCCGGAUUCCGAUCCAACCGCACUUCACGUUCAAGACUCGGGAAUGGUCCCAGUAAACACCCAAAUAGCUAUUGUGAACCCAGAGACAUGUGCACUAUCCCAGGUUGGUGAAUACGGCGAGAUCUGGGUUCAAUCAGACGCCUGCGCCACGUCAUUCUACGGGUCCAGGCAAGAGUUUGAUAUGGAACGAUUUAAUGGCCGAAUAGUGGAUGGAGACCCCAACGUUGCCUUUGUGCGGACUGGAGAUUUAGGUUUUCUCCACACAGUCACCAGGCCUAUUGGUCCAGCGGGUCAGCCUGUCGAAAUGCAAGUCCUGUUCGUCCUGGGAGGAAUUGGAGAAACUUUUGAGGUCAAUGGGUUGAAUCAUUUCCCUAUGGACAUUGAAAACUCCGUGGAGAGAUGUCAUCGUAACAUUGUGACCGGUGGAUGUGCCGUGUUCCAGGCGGGUGGGUUGAUUGUUGUGGUGGUGGAGGUUACAAGAAAGGCUUACCUAGCAUCUCUCGUACCCGUCAUUGUCAACGCGAUUCUUAACGAACAUCAAGUCGUUGCCGAUAUCGUUGCAUUUGUCUCCCGUGGAGACUUCCCAAGGUCCCGAUUGGGUGAAAAGCAGCGUGGUAAGGUAUUGGCAUCAUGGGUGACUAGAAAACUGCGAACCAUCGCGCAAUUCAGUAUUCGCGAUGUAGAAGGACAUGAGUUCUCGGCGGGAGCUAAUCAACAUCGCGCUAGUAAGAGCUCAAAACCGGGAAGUAUCAUGGGACACAGCGUGAGACGGUCCACUACUGUGUCUGAAAAUGAUCAUCCUGUGCCUCUUUCGCCAACUCCAAUCCUAGCGGAGAAUACAGGAGAAGCAUAUAUGCCUUCAGUCCACAGCCCUACCGGGACCAUACCUGAAGGUGCUCCUUCGUCUGUUCCCUACAUCACAGACCCGGCAUCUCGGCCAGCAACAUCCUCAACCAGCAACGGAAACCCUUACCUUCCAGGUAACGAACGCGCUACAAUUUGCAAUUCGGAGCACGGCUUCGAUUUCGGAGACUUUGGAGUCCCAGCAAACACUGGGGCACCAUAUGAACCAACUAUACCAGCUGUCACAGCUGAAAGCCUCCCUUAUCGUAGCGCCGCUGACCAUCGUACCUUCCCCAACUCACAGCAAGCCCAAUUCAGCUCUAUGCCUGGUAGCCAAUUCCCCCAGCGGUCCGAUUCCUACGUUGCGAAAUCUGCCCCAGACACAUCAGACGAAAGUCCCGGAGAAUGGCCCCAGGAAGCCUUGUUAUAUCAAUCUUCUUUGGAGGGAAACGGCCAUGGAGCAGGUCGCCGUAACUUCCUAUAGUUAUGACAGGGGCAUUUUUUAUAUCCGAUUUAGUUUUGACUCGGCUCGACUUUUCUUUGCAUAGCCUGAUGAACCAAUUUACCUUGUCUUUUUAUUUUUUUUUUUUUUAUUUUUUUACCCUCCCUUGUUCCCCGUCUACCCUGCUUAUGUUUGACUUGAUUCCAUUCCUCCUUCCUUCCUUCCUUCCUUCCUUCCUCCCUCAUCAGAUCUCAUCGCAGUGUGCUUUACCCAGCGGCAUAGUAAUAAUGUCCAGGUUCGAAAUCGAUAAAUCUCGCGAAUUCUUUUUCUCCGAUGAUGAGGAUGAUGAUGAUGACGAUGAUGAAUUGACACCUUUUCAAUGUUUUGUACAUCCAUACCCAGCCUACUGUUAUACACUUGUUAUCUAUAAAACCAUGCAAUAAAAGAUUCUUUCCCUUCC